AUGCUCCUACGAAGUGGUUUUCUCAUACUCCUUGUCUCAGCUUUAUCUGCCUUUGAAACAGAUCAAGAUGCACUUGCAAUAAGAAAAACUCGUUUCUCAGUCAACAGUCCAUUGGAAGUGGUCCGCUGUCUCAACAGUGCUCCACAAGUGGGUUGUAGCACAUUCUCCUGCCUGGAAAAUUCUACCUGUGAGACUGAUGGUAUGCAUGACAUCUGUAACAUCUUUCUCCAUGCAGCAGCUGUUUUUAACACAGAGGGUAAGACCUUUUUGAAGGACAGCAUCAAGUGCAUGACCAAUGGCAUCACCUCCAAGGUUUUUCAGACCAUCCGGCACUGUGGCACCUUGCAGAAGAUGAUAACUGAAGUGCAAGAGGAGUGUUACAAAAAACUGGACAUCUGUGGAGUAGCCCGCUCAAACUCUGAUGCCAUUGGAGAAGUGGUGCAAGUUCCCAGACAUUUUCCAAACAGGUACUACAGCACACUGCUGCAAAGCUUACUGGACUGCGAUGAGGAGACAGUUGAAGUAGUCCGCUCUGGGCUUGUUGCUCGAGUAGGCCCUGACAUGCUUACCCUCUUUCAGCUGCUGCAAAAGAAGCCCUGUCACCAGAACCUUGGUCAUGGUACCGCUAGUGUUGAUGGCUUCCACUGGCCCAUGGGAGCACCCAUGUUCAAGAUCCAAACUGAUUUGCACAACAGGGAACCUAAUCACCUCUUUGCUAAGAAACGUUCUACUGAAGAUAAAAUAAUGAACACCAGGAUGCUAAACACACUAAAUAAAUGA